UCCCAAACCAAAAGCAUUUUAUUCCUUGUGUUUUCUUACAGCUAACCCGCUCUCUCCCAAAUCUGUGCUCUCGGAUACCCAAAACUCUUGGCUCGUAUUCUCGCCAAGAAAGAUGGAUACCUCAACUUCAAACUUCGACGCUCACAUCACUCACAAUAUGCAGAUAAUCGAUGUUGGCACUGCUUCUCUAUCUGAAUCCUUCCAAUCCCUCAAGUCCAAAUCGCAACAAACUUCUCAAAAUCAAGUUCAACUACACGAUGUUAAAUGCAAACUGAAGGAAGUGGAGGAUGAAUUGGUUGAAGUACUUGCAGAGAAGGCACGCAAAGUGGCGAAGAAAAUGGCUUUGAUGAAUGCUAUUGCAUCUGCCAAGGCCAGAGUUGGAAACCUCAACACAAGUAUUCAAGAGGUUCGUGCUAGGAAACAAGAGUAUAGUGCGUUUCUAUCUGAACAAUCUCUUGCUUUGGCAGCAUCUGAGAGGAAGCUAAAUGAGAACAUUGAGCAUACAAAUGAAACACGGGAAGCCAUCUCUUGGUAUAAUAGAGUGCUUGGUUUUCAUGUCAAAGGGGGACAUGGGGUAAAGUUCAUGUUCAAGUAUAUAAAUGUAAAGAAUCCAAACGAAGAGUACACUUUUAUCGUCUCCCAUGAUAAAAAUACUUACACAUUGUUAAGUUGUGAACCUCCCCUCGAUGGUAUUGAAGAGUUGGUCGAUGAAUUAAACAAGACAAAUGGUCUGUUUAAGUUUGUAAAAGCAAUGCGGAAAAAAUUUCAAGAAACCUUGGUGCAAGAGAGCUUAGUUCUAACAACAGUUGAACCUGGAGAAUCUGCCUUUAUCUCUUCAUCUGCUCCUGCUCCUGAUACAUCCAUUAGAAGUGAUUAUACAAUCACAGAAAAUGAGCAUCAAGUGGAACUCUCUGAUGGUAGUGCACAAUUAAAGAAAAAAAACAAUCGCAGAAGGAAAAGUUUAGCACUUUUAUCUCCUGAUUCUGCUUCAUCUGUUCGCAAGUCUCCACGUUUGAAGGUUAGGAAAUAAAAUGCAAAGGAUGUUUGUCACCUCAUUUGAUGAUACGUGCUGAGUUCCCGGGGUGCUCUUGCGGGCGUAAGUAAAUAUUUAAGUUGCUAAGUGUUUGCUAACAAAUUGACACAUCCCAGGGACAUCUAUGCAUUCUACUGGCUGUGUUAUUUUGGGCUUUUACCUCCUCCCGUGUCCAAAAAUUUUCCGGGGUUAAUUAUGUGUGAUAUACUAAGAUGAUUAUAUUGUUGUUAAGUGUAUUGCUGCA